ACCCCACUUUACCUUUUCGAGUCUUCGACUCUCCAUAUUCAAUUUCAUUGUUUUAUCAGAUCUUUUCUACACCUGCAAGUUCUUGCCGCUUUCAUGACGACCUCAUUGGCUUUGUGAAUGUAGAAUUUCUGGGUUCGUUAGCUAAUGGUCAUCUUCAUCCAGAAUAACCAAAAUUUUUAAGUAAACGCUUUUGUGCGUGUGAAAUGGGAGGGGGAAAGAUUUUUUCUUUGUUACACGGGGUUAAUAUUCUUUGUUGCUGUAGUUGAGGAGCUCGUCUUAACCAUUGCAACACGUAACCUCCAACGUGCAAACAUUCGAGUGGGAAAGAAUGAGUUACGGCAGCUCCGAUAUAGGUUCUGGUAGUGGAACUGCUACAAGGACAUUUGAGUUCGGAAGGACCCAUGUGGUGAGGCCUAAGGGGAUGCACCAGGCCACUAUAAUUUGGCUGCAUGGCCUUGGUGAUAAGGGCUCAAGCUGGUCCCAGCUCUUGGAAGCCCUUCCUCUACCAAAUAUAAAAUGGAUUUGCCCCACAGCUCCUACACGACCGGUAAAAUUAUUUGGCGGAUUUCCUUGCACUGCCUGGUUUGACGUUGGAGAUUUUUCAGAAGAUGCCCCUGAUGAUUUGGAGGGAUUGGAUGCUUCAGCAGCACAUGUUGCCAACCUAUUGUCGACUGAGCCUGCUGAUAUCAAACUUGGUGUUGGGGGCUUCAGUAUGGGUGCUGCAACUGCACUCCACUCUGCCAUGUGCUUUGUUUCAGGAAGCUAUGCAAAUGGAAACCUUUACCAGGUCAACCUAAGUGCAAUUGUUGGUCUUAGUGGCUGGCUCUCAUGUUCAAGGAUCUUGAGGAGCCGAGUGGAAGGGUCACAUGAGGCAGCAAGGCGGGCAGCAUCAUUACCUGUUUUUCUCUGUCAUGGGCUAGGUGAUGAUGUCGUUGCAUACGAACAUGGAAAGAGAUCAGCGCAGACGUUAAGCUCAGCUGGAUUUCAAAAUCUCACAUUUAGAACUUAUAAUGGGUUAGGUCAUUACACAAUCCCGGAAGAGACCGAUGAAGUCUGUAGUUGGUUGACUGCAACGUUGGGACUCGAGGGAUCUUGAUCGUACUGGUGGGAUAGGAUGGAAGGAAAGCAUAUAAAAUAGGGGUUCGGAGUGGCACUCCAGAAUAGAUUGAAUGGAUAGUAUGAUUGGCGGGCACGGUUGCUCUUUUCCUAAAUAAGCUUUUUAACCGAAGCUCUCUUUGUAUUUGGUUUUUGUUGGUCACUAGGGAAUUUACGUUGUUGGUUUUUCUUGUCCUUUUAAAAAUAAACUUACGAGGAGUGUGGAGUUCAAUCGCAAGGAUACUCAAGGACAAAGUGGGAAGAUGGGGGUGUAGUCUACAUGAAUAGAAUUUUUGUUUUUGAUAAUGAUGAAACGUCCUAAUGUUUUUUA